AUGAUGUUACUUUUUGAGCAAGAGCUCAAAAUAAUAAUAGACCAAAUAUCAUUUUUUUAUGAGAAUAAAGACCUUCUUAAGAAUGUCUUACAUGGUGCCGUCGGAUUUAACAGCGGAAAAGAAUGGGUCGAAAGAAGAAUAAUUGAAUGCAAAAAUGAGAUCUCAAAACUUGAAGAAGAAAUCAAAGAUCGCGAUCGCAGAAUAAUUCUCGAAAAAGAAAAAAUCUCUGACAUGAUUGAAAAGAAAUUCAUGACGUACGAUGAUCUUGUUGAUCUUCUCCCUUCAUGCGAGAUCUGCUUGGAAAAAUACGACACAAACGAGCACUGGGAAUCGUGCAUCACAGUCUGCGGUCAUAAAUUUGGAAAAUCCUGCAUCGAGAAAAACUUCGAAACGAGCAAGCGCUGUCCAAAAUGUGACAAGCUCUACGAAAAGGAAAACAUAAUUACUCUCUUCUAA